AUGGGAUGCGGUGCCAGUCAGAGAAGCUACCAGAUAGUGAAGGAGCCUCCUUCGGAAGAGACUCUGGUACAGUCGCAGCGAGAAAAAGCGGGCGGAGAAGGAACAUGGCACAAGGACGUUUCCACCGGAGCAGUCGGUGCUGUCAGUCAAGGAGCCUCUGCGCCGCGCUCGGAGCAGCCUCCUGCAAGCAGGCAUGUAGGUGUUCCGGGAACUGGCGAUCAGAGGAACAGGCCGCCGGUAGCCAGCCCACAGCGUUACAAGGAGACCGCAGUACUCCCAUGUGCCAGAAGGUUGGACUUGACCGAGUUCGAGAUGUUAGAUCUCAUCGACGAGACUCCAAUGUCAGCAGUGUAUCGCUUGCGUCACAGGCGCACCGGCAUCACCGUUGCUGGAAAGAGAAUCCAGAAGGGCUGUGACGUGCACCGUUCUGGUGACUACCUCAAUGAAGUCCAGAUGCUACACUCGCUCGCAAAGUCCCCGUACAUUGUCAGCCUGCACGGGAUAUAUGACUCUGAGCGCGAGUUCUGGACAGUGGUGGAGCUUUGUGCCGGUGGUCGACUGUCAGACUGGCUGGGACGGUAUGCAAACACCGCCAAGACCGUCGUGCAGCAGCUGCUAGAGGCGGUAUGUCACUUGCAUUCACGGCUAAUUUGCCAUCUCGACAUAAAGCCGGACAACGUGCUCCUCUCUGGAUCAGGAGAAGUCCGGCUUUGCGACUUCGUGACGGCAUGUCAGCUCCAGCAGGCCGACCAGCAGCUUUUUGGCAAAUGUGGAACUGUCGGCUUUCGGGCUCCAGAAGUUGAAAGCGGAGGUGCCUACAGCGGCUUGAAGGCUGAUGUCUACUCUUUGGGGCGGACCCUGCAGAUUCAGGAACUCCGCGCAGCGAGAACGGGUUGGCCAGAGCUGGAAGAGAUCCUUCCAUACAUGACCAAACAUGAGUCGCUGGAUCGCCCGGAGAUGAAGAUGAUUCAGGAGCACCUCACCGCUGGCUCACGAGGCAGGCAGCAGCUGGAUUGGAGCUCGCUGGAGUCCAUAAGCUACCAGCAAGUUCUGGCCGAAAACUCGCUUGAGCCGUGUGUCAUGGUUGGCAAAGCUGCUCCUCCUAAGGAGAGAGACAGUGUGCAGCGACCACGAGCAAGGGGGUUGCGAGCCGCUGAAGCGGGACCGGCAAUGAAGGCUUGCCACUCCAGCUACUGCCGGCGGCUGGGGACCUGCAUUUGCAAUGAUCGAGUUCCUGCAACAUCAGCCUCGAUGAAACCGCAGGACCGAAAGAUGGCAAGUGGCCGUCGCUGCAGCACGCCGCCUUCUAAGCUCAGGAAUGACCAAAGAGACUUCACUGCAAGAACGGGGAUUUCGUCCCGCUAUGCUCACUUCGCCUCACCACAAAAUCCCCAGAAGCUGAUAGUAGAACCUUAA